CAUCAGGCCGCCUACCAGUGGUAAAACCGGCUGCGCGCCUCUCCGCCGUUCUACAUCUUUGCGGCGGCGGCGGACAGACACGGAAACAGGGAUGGCCCCUAGAGGCGGCCGCGCGGCGGCGGCAGCCAGCUCCGGCUCCGAGGACGAGGAAGAGGAGGCGGGGUUCUCCAGGAGUUACUUCCUAGCCAAGGAGAAGGAGCCCUCCUCCGGCAAGAAGCGCGCCCGCGCCGCCGCGGGGAAGCUCUCCGACCUCAACCUCGUCGAUGAGCAGGUGUUGCGUGCAUCCCUUUCCGAGAUCCCCCCGAAGCACGAGGAAGAGGUGGAGGCUCUCACGAGAAGCUACAAGGACCAGUACCGCAACUGGCUGUUCGAGCUAAGGUGCGGUUUUGGUCUCUUGAUGUAUGGGUUUGGAUCUAAGAAGCAGCUGCUCGAGGAUUUCGCCUCCACUACGUUGACUGAUUUUACUGUAAUUGUAAUCAAUGGCUAUCUUCCAUCCAUUAACUUGAAGCAGGUCAUAGCAACAAUAGCUGAAAUGUUCUGGGAUCAAACAAAAUCUAAGCGCAAACGUCAACCGGGAACGAGGUCCCAGUUAUCACAACCUUUUCCUUCACAAUCAUUCGAUGACAUCAUCUCAUUUCUGAAGAGACAGACAUCAGAUGAUGUGGAUGAUCAGGUGUGCCUUCUUAUACACAAUAUUGAUGGACCUGCAUUGCGUGAUGCUGAAUCACAGCAGUGUCUAGCACAAGUUUCUUGCUGCCCACAAGUCCGUGUUGUUGCAUCAACAGACCAUGUUAAUGCCCCUUUGUUAUGGGACAAGAAGAUGGUGCACACUCAGUACAAGUGGAGCUGGUACCACGUCCCAACAUUUGCACCUUACAAAGUCGAAUGUGUUUUCUACCCAUUGAUCCUUGCUAGUGGUGGUCACGCCCAAACCACAAAAACAGCUCUAGUUGUUCUGCAGAGUCUGACACCUAAUGCACAAAGUGUUUUCAGAGUUCUUGCUGAAUAUCAGUUGGCCAAUGAAAAGGAGGAAGGUAUGCCUGUCAGUAGCUUGUAUACAAAAUGCCGUGAGCGCUUUCUUGUAAGCAGUCAAGUGACAUUGAACUCCCACCUGACAGAGUUUAAAGAUCAUGAUCUGGUUAAGAUCAGAAAGCACUCUGAUGGCCAAGAUUGCCUCCGGAUUCCUCUUGUUUCUGAUGCAUUGGAGAAAUUGCUGCAAGAAUUGGCUUGACAUCCUGAUCUUGGACAUUGUUCCAUUGGUCAGUUAACUCUGAAGUUUGAGGGUUUUCUGCUGCAUGUAACUGAAGAAUGUGCUCCCGAUCAAAGGAAAACACAUCACCUUGGAAAGAACUCAGAUGAGCAUUUCAGUCUGUAAUUGUACAUGGAUUAUCUAUUGCCUCUCUUAAUUGGCAGCAUGUUGCGUGAAUCUCUCUGCUACGCUCGGCAUUUUUUGUUUCUUUGCCUUGAAAACUUUACCAUGAACUGUGAUUUGGCCAUUGGCAGUUGGCGCUGCCCAAUGUAUUGGUAUAUCUAUUUGGCACAAUGGUACUGAAAGUGAUAGACAUGGCAUGCAGUAUGCCAAAAGAUCUGCAAAUGCAGCUCAAGCAGCAAGUAGACACUGGAUUUUCACCAUGUAAUCGUAGUGAUGGCUAGUUCAACUUUAGAAGUUACAUUACAGCAAGCAAAAUGGUGACAGAAACCACUACGUUUUGGUUUCAUCCUUAUCAUUUUCCCAAGCACUUGAAGUUUGUUUGUAGGCUGUGCUCACGGAGUAAAUUUCAUUCCUGGCACUGAAUAACCAAUGCAAAACCAUGGGAAUGCCCUGCAUCAUCUGUAUUCUCACAAUCUUGUGCAAGUCUCAAAUUUGUAAGGCCUAAUAUGUCUGUAAAUUUAAUCGGUCACAGUUUCACAUGAAUGGCACAGCCCUGUCUUAUCAA